UUAAAUUAUUUAUCAGGAUCAAAUUGUAAAUCAAACGAUUGUCACCACGUGACAGAAACAGUACUGAUACACUUUUCUAAUUAUACUUGAUUGUCGUUUAAUAUUUGUUUUAAUUAUUGUCUACGUUUUUUAAAUACUACGUUUCACCCCUGAUUACGAUACAUUAGGGGUUGGUACCCCUGUAUAAGCAACUCUUAUUUUCUCAUUUGUUCUCUACUCUAUUGCUCGUGAAAUGUGUUUGUGUUGAACAAAAUGAUUUUAUUUUAGAAAUAAUAUCUUUUUGCAACCUAAAGAAAAUACAGCUACAGGAUGAAACGAUCGUUAACAGAAGAAAAUGGAGAUACAAAAAGGUCAUUUGUUAAACAAGAGUCUGUUGCAUUUACAUACGACGGAACAUAUACGAAUUAUUCCUCGUCUACUACAUCGGCAUCUACUUCCAUCCCUCAGCCUUUACCAGGACAACCGCCGUUACCUCCAAUGCCUCCACCCCCUAACGGAGUUCCACCUCCCCCUCAUGUUUUUGGACCAGUGCCUUCUCAAGUUACACCUAUUCAAACAUGGGCACAAGCACCCACGCAUUGGCAAUGGAUAACGCCGCAUUCUACGCCUUUACCUCAAAGAGAGAUUCAACAUAUUCAAAGAGAAAUCGCGAUGAGAGGUAACUAUAUGAGAAGAGAAAGGUUCGCUCACAACAGAAAUAACAUGUACGUUCAACGAAAUAAUUUCCACCGUAAAAAUAGAAGACUAGCGCGCUUCGGUCAAUCUCAAGGCCAGUUUGACCAAGCUGCAUAUUUUGGUGCAACGUUAACAAAUGGUCUGGGUUUAGAAUGGCAAAGAAAUAAUUAUACUACGUCAUCGAAUGAUACUAUUAUGAAUCAUAUGUCUGUCCCCCUUUCCAAUCAUCCCAUAAGUCCCAUAACCCAAGGAAUCAUAACUGGCAGACACGGAGAAGAAAAAGGGGAUCAGGAUGUUAAAAUUGUGUUGGAAGAAGUAGUGGUUAAAAAGAAUAAACAAAGAAAGCCUAUGUCACAAAGUUAUCCCAGUCGACCGUGGAAUCGCGAGGAUGCUGAAAGAGCUUUAAAAAUAGAAACGGAAUAUAAUAAAACUGUUAAAGCUCAGAGUUUGAUAAUAAAAUUUCCAGACCCUGAUCUUAACAAGGAUAUCGUUAGAGAAUUUCAUCCUGGUAUACAGAAUAUUCAUUUUCAAAGUCCAAGUGGCCCUAGAUAUUGUUUCAUUCAAAUGGCAGAACACGUUAAUAUCGACGAAGCUAUUAAAGAGUUAGAAAAGAUUCCAUUUGGUAUCGGUAAUUUAAAAGUGGAAAGGAAAUCUUUGCGAGAUGAAGAUAAUCCAAUGCCCGAAGAAAUAGAUCCUUAUACUUUGUAUAUAGGAAAUUUACCUGAAUCGGUUAAUGUAAACGAAGUAAAAAGCAAGUUUCCAACAGCUGCUAGGGUGGAUGUUGGUUAUGCGCAGAAAAUGAGAAAUACACGAUAUGCAUUUAUAAGAUAUAACAGUGUAGAUGAAUCGAUAGCAGCUUAUAAACAAGCGCAUGAUUUAAUGUGGGAUACUAGAAGUAUUAUUGUAAGAUUCAGAAGACAACGUGGAAAUACAUGUCUUCCAGGAGAACCUAAGCCUAAUGUAAAGAAAGUUAAAGAAGAACCUAGCAAUGCUUCACAAGCGAAAGAACAAAAAGUAAACAAUAAUGAAAAGAAAACAACACAGCAAAGUAGUAGUAACGGGGAGAAUAGAUUGCAAGAUAAUGCUAAGACACAGGGUAAACAAAAUAGUCAAACUCAACAGCAAAGUACUGAUACACAAUCUUCUCAAUUACCUGCAUCAGUGACGUCUGUUAAAACAGCACAACAACAACCAUGGACGUCGCAACCACCGCAAAUACCUUCAGCGUCCGAAGCACCACCUCCAUGUCCGUCAGAAACAGAAACAGUGCCAGAAACAAUAAUAUUAACAGAUAUUAAAGAAGAACCGGAGGAUUAUGAGGAAAUGGACAUGGCAUGCUUACCAUCUGACGAUGCCGAUGACGACGACGACGAGGACGAGGAAGAUUUAGAUGAUGAUGACGAUGACGACGAGGAUGACGACGCUGACGAUAACGAGGAAGAGGAAGAUGAAGACGAGAUCGACGAAAGUUUGAUAUAUUGUAACAAACAGCAACAUACAGUAAAAGAUACAGAACCAUCCGAUCAUCUCGAUCAAAUGUUUAAUGAACUGGAAAAUAUGGCAAGCGAUAUUGGGUUUUAAUAGUAUUAAAGUCACGUUAUUUGUGAAUGAUCUCUGAUAAGAAAAUGUUACAAAGCCGUCUUUAACAUACCGUAUGUAAAUAUCAAUAAUUAUAAAACGUAACAGGUGAGACUGCAUUUGUUUAAGUACAACAUUAGAGAUUAAGUGAAUUAUAUUUGUAUAAGUUCUCAUAAAGUAUAAGUUUUUACCAAGACUCCAAUUUUAAGUUCAAAUAUACCUACAUGAAAUAAUUUCAUGUUGCCAAACAAGUACAAUUAAAUAUCUUGCGAACAUUUUAUUUUAUACGAAAGACUUAUAUAUUAUCGUUUUAGUUGUUCGAAAGAUUGUUAUUUUUCUGUAAAUAUUUUUAUUAAUAACGAAAGCAAUCGUGUCAGAUACUUACGCACAUGACUAGAUCGAAACUGCGCUAGAAUUUUCUAUCUACAGAUAAAUAUAGAGUCAUUUUGUAGAAUAUAAUGAAUCAUGAAAGAUACAAUUGUUUGCAAAUGCACCUUUUGCAUUGUUACGAUAUAAGGAUACAAUAGACUAACGAUGAAUAACGAUACCGAGAUAAUAUUUCAUUAAAAAUAAUUUAUUUAUCAAUUACAAGUUACCACUUUAUUAUGUCAUCUUCCAUUAGUAAAUCUAUUUUUGCAUAUAAAAAUAACGGAAUAGUACAUUGUUUCACUAUUUAUUCAUUUAAUACAAAAAUCUGUAUAAUAAUUACUGAAAGUGUAUAUUCUUACCCUGCAUGAAAAUAUAAACUUUAACUUAUGAAUAA